AUUCAUCAUCGAUUCAGAACAAAGGAAUUUGCAAAGUAAUAAUGCGAAACUUUGUGUUUAUCAUGCAAACAUCAUUGCACCACCAAAGACGUCAACUUUAAUUGUCUACUUAACCACCAGAAAUAAUUUACGUGGUCUAAGUGCAGCCAAUGAAAUUAAACAGGAAUGCGAUUAA